AUGGACGGUGUUGCCGUUUCGGAAGAAACUACCGCAUUAAAGAUGGUAAUGGAUCAAUUGGCGAAUCUUACCCAAAGUUCUAAUGAUUUGAGAGGUUUGAUUGUCAGUCAGUCUGAUAAGCUGGAUAAUUGCCUGAAGUCUAUUGAAACUUUAGAACAAGACAAUUUGGAAAUACAUGGAAAAAUCGCAAGUUUGGAAAACAAACUCCAAGUCUCAUUAGAACCCUAUGGAAACAUUUAUCAGGAUAUUAAUAUGCAUAUGAAUCGGGCCAGAAACAUAAUCGUCUGUGGCCUUGAAGAAACUGAAGAAAACGAUCAAGAAACUAUCAAAAUCAUGGUACAAAAUAUUACCCAUCCUGAAAUUGUUAGUGUGAAGAACGUUUCUUGGUUGGGCAAACCCCAAACAAACAGAAUUCGACCUUUAAAAGUGGCACUUGCAUCACCUGACGAAGCUGUAAGUGUCCUGAAGAAUAAGCUGAAAAUUUCCAAAAAUACUUUCCCAAAUGUAAAAAUCAAGAAUGAUGUGACCCCAUUGCAACAACAAGAAUUGAAACAACUGUACAGCGAACUGAAUGACCGCAGGUCUAAAGGUUAA